AUGGAGCCACAACUUCACGCUACCACAUCGAGCGCAGCUCGUUCACCCGAACGUCGCGCAUCUGCGUAUGCGGGCUGGUGCGAUGCAGUCACUAGCCUUCGGAGAGAGCUAAAACCGAUUCAUACCACUGAGCCGCAAACCCGUGCAUCCGCUGCACCGACCGAUGCCGCGCCAGCCGUCAGAAGAAACCCGCCUCGCGCUGCGCGAGCUCAGAAACGCCAUCGAUCUCCCGACGUUGCCAAAGAAAAUCGCAAGCGUCGUCGCGGGGACGAUGCGCCACCCCUUAAAACGACAGUAUCGCGCCCAUCAUCGGGGCCAAGGAGAAAGCGUACCAGACGUAUGGCGGCGGAAGUGCAUAAGAUGCGAUGCGAGGCCGAAGACGCCCGGAGACUCGUCGUGGAAACGCAUGAGGCGAUAACGCUAGCUACUGCCAGUGUAAAGAAUCUUGUACAGGACAUCGAUACGAUCAGCGUCUAUCGCCCGACUACAUCCUCGCACAAGGAGGCCUCUAGGAACGAUACUGCAAACCCUACACCCAACCAUACCGGUGGUGACGCCCCGUCUCAAGACCUCAGACCCGGGCAAUCCGUGAACAAGGAACCACUUGAUAUUGAAGCCGCCAUCGCUGCCUUUAAACAGACGCAGCUGGUUGGUUCAACGAAUAUAUGCCGGUCGUAUUCCGCUACAGACCGCCGUGCUCUGGUCAAGGCCCUUUCUGCUCUAGGGAUCAUCGAUGGUUGCACAUGCCGGCCGACUCCCGAUCAACAGAGACGCAUCAACAGAACGACGACGCUGUUCCUGCGGCCUAGACCUCGCAUUGGCGUCGACGCGCAGGGUGUGCCGUUCCAAGACUGGAGCGAUUACCCGAUUGAAAAAGAUGACAACCCGAACAAAAUCCGAUGGAUCAAGCGAGAGAGCAUCAUUGAGCGUCACCUUUACGAUGAUAACAAUAAUCACAAUAUAAACCACAGUCUCGAACCUACGCGGCCGGUAGCGCUGUAUCCGCGACGUCGCAGGACGUUCGCGAAGCAGCCCGAAAUCCAAUUUCGACACAUCCCUCCGCAUAUCCUCGAUACGCUGGAAGCGUGGCACUUAGAGUUGGGGCGAUGCGGGGAUUGCAUCGUUAGGGCCAUGCGGUCGUUCCCGUUGUGGAUUGUGGGCGUGAAGUCGACCUUGCCGGAGGGAUAUGAGUAUGGAGCGCCUAUUUUCGUCAACGCCGGGAAGAACGAGAUAAUCGAAUGGGACGACGAUAUUAGGAGCUGGCGACAUUCAGUACUCGAUAAUUAUCGGUGGAUACCUGCUGAGGAACUGGAGGUCAGACCCUCAGACAGAGCGGCCGAUCCCAACAUUGUAAAUGGGACGGUUAAGGUGCCCAUCCCGCUACCGGGUUGGAUUCCCUCCGAGGGUUGA